AUGUGUGAAAACACUGCAAAUAUUAUGGAAGAUAUAUUGGCUUGCAGAGUAUGCCUCGCUACAGGGGUAAAAUUGUAUAAUAUGUGCAAUUACAAUCUUAAAAAAGCAUAUGAAAAUCUAACAGGAAUCAAUGUGAUAAUACCAGAUAUCUACCCGCAAUAUCUCUGCAGUUACUGCCAACGUCUUCUUAUAAAGAGUAAUCGGUUUAAAGAGAGAUGUAUAGAGACUCAGGAACUGCUUAAGCAAGCAGCUAUGGAAGAACCAAUGUUAACAUUUGAUCAUGUACACGCUCUAUCUCUAUCCCUUUCUCCUGCACACUCCCUCUCCACUUCUGACGUCGACACUUCCACAACGUUGUACCCCGAAUUCGUAACACACAUAAAAGCCGAAGCAUUCGACAUCGUUUUAAAAGAAGAAUCAACAGACCACAGUGAUGAAGAACCAUUGGCCAAGAAAGCGAAAAAGAGAAAAAAAAAGAAAAUAGAAUAUUCUGAAUUUGAAAUUGGUGAUGACACUUUCGAAACGGUUACAAAGAAUAUUGAUUUUUCCGAAUUUGAAAAUGGUAAUUUCGAAAAGGAGAAGAACGUAGUAUUUUCAGAUUUCGAAUUUGAAACUGACACGUUUGAGACGGAGGAUUUUGAGACGAAUGCGGAAGAGAGUGUUGAGUUUUUAAAUAAAGAAGAUAUAGAAGUUGUAGUGUUGAGUAAAGAACAGCAGAUAGAAGAAAUAUUAGCAAGAAAAACCUCUUAUAACUAUAAUAAUUCAUUUUAUAAAUGUGAGUUGUGCUACAAAGGAUUUAUGACAGAUUCAACUUAUAAGAAUCACAUGUCAAGACAUGACCCAAACACAGGCCCCCAUGCUUGCGAGAUAUGCCACACAAGAUGGUCAGACCUCCGCUCCUUGAAAGCCCACAGCACUACAGCCCACGAAAGGAAAUACAUAUGCAAACUCUGUGCUCACACUUCAAAGUCCUGCCAUAGGGCUAAGGAACAUUUAAAAUGGCAUAAGGGUUACAAAUUUAACUGCAAAAUCUGUGGGGCCACCUUCUCUAAGUCCACAAGCCAUCUAACUCAUGUGAGGUUACAGCAUCCAUCUAAAUAUUGCUGUGAAAUUUGCGGAGAAAGUUUCAUUGGACAGAAUGGGUUAAAUAUGCACAAGAAGAAAGCUCAUAAAUUGUUUAAGUGUAACCGCACGUUCGCGCACGAGCGCUCGUUCGGCGUGCACUACCAGCGCGUGCACCUCGGCCUCAAGCUCAGGCCGCCGCGACACGAGCCGAGGCUCCGCGCGCACGUCGUCUGCGAGAUAUGUGGAAAGAAGUGCAUCUCAAAUGCCACCCUAAUUUAUCACCAAAGAAUACAUACUGGAGAGAAGCCCUUCCAAUGUAACCAGUGUCCGAAAAAAUUCAGUGUCUACCAGAGACUUCAGAUUCACACCAGGACUCACACCGGUGAGAGGCCCUUCAAGUGUUCUCACUGUCCAAAGGCUUUUAAACACAAAGCUGCAUUAAAUAGACAUGACAGGGUACACACCGGGAUCAAACCCUACCAAUGCUCCCAUUGUUCGAAAUCAUUCUCACAAUCGAACUCCAUGAAGCUCCACGUUAAGACUGUCCAUCUAAAAAUGCCAGCUCCCUACAGGAACAGGCGUAAUAAUAAAAUAGAAUAA